AUGCUGUCCAUGACGGUCCGGGACCACGCUCUGCCCUUUCUCGUUGACACAGGGGCUACCAGAUCUACGGUUAAUCAGGACAUUGGGCCUCUGUCUGGACGGACGAUGAGCGUGGUGGGUUUCUCUGGGGUAAGUCAGAUUCUGUCAUUUACCAUCCCCCUCCCCACACACGUAGCGGGACAGAAAUUACAACACCCCUAUCUAGUGUCUCCCAGUGUUCCAGUCAAUCUCCUGGGUAGGGACCUACUCUCGAGACUCAAUGCACAGAUCCUCUGCGGUCAGCAGGGCCUCACUGUCACGUUCCCGGAUGGGACUGAAGUUCUAUGUGCACAAGGGAUUGGGGACACACACCAGUACCUCCUCAGAGACACUGAACCUAGAUUUGCAGACAUUUUCUGGGCCCUGUUGGAGCCAUCACAAACUGGGCUCUACUCAUGUUAUCUCCAUUGGAAACUCUGGAUCCUCAGCGUCCACCCCUACAUGGCUCCACCUGACCCGCUCCAUCUGACUCUGUUCUACGACCGGGAGGGUAAUGAAUGUUACCUAGAGGAAUUCCAAAAUCAGCUAGAAGGUAAGACCUGGCAGCUACAUUCUGGUGACAUUUUGGUGGGACAACAGGGGGUUGCGGCAAUGGUUAAUCUCACAAGAGAGCAACAGUCCUGGUAUAAUAUGUCUGAGACUGCUUUCCCCCACAUUUCGCUGGCUCUCCAUCCGGGACAUGAGGCUCGCGAAUUGGGCCCCAUGGUCAAAGCAGCAGUCUUAGCCUCAGACUGGUCUUCCUCCGGCCUGCCUGGCGUGCUCCGCUCUCCGUCCCUGAAAAUGUUCAGAAUUGUGAGUACUACCACUGACUCUGCUUUAUGCACACAUGAACUCAUACCUAGAGACCAUGGUAGAGAAAAAUCUGAUCAUCCAAAAGCACAGGAGCUUAUCUCCUCCCUCCCAGUCUCAUUGUGGGCCGAGGGUCCAACCGAUGUCGGAUUGAUCCACUGUAAACCUAUCUCAUUCCAGCUGAAUACUGACUCUCCGGUCUGGGUGCCACAGUACCCUCACAAAAGAGAGGCAGAAUUGGGCAUUCAGGACACCAUAGAAGGCCUGUUAGACUCUGGUGUCCUCGAACCCUCCAACUCCUGCUGGAACACACCCAUUCUACCAAUUGAAAAGAAGGGCACCGGUCAGUACCGUAUGGCCCAUGACCUCAGAGCCAUCAAUCAGAUUCUAGGGACCAAUACGGUCCCGGUGCCAAACCCAUAUGUUGCUCUGAACAAUCUGUCUCCCGAACAAGCAUGGUUCACAUGUAUUGAUCUUGCUAACGCUUUUUUCUGUCUCCCUUUACAUGAGAACGUUCGGGACAUCUUCUCGUUCACCUACCAGCGUCGCAGACUCCGUUACACCCGCCUCCCACAGGGAUUCGCCCUCUCCCCUGGCAUCUUUAACCAGGUUCUGAAAGAGAGUUUGGCUGACCUGCAGCUGCCCGAUGGCACCACAGUGAUUCAAUAUGUCGACGACCUGCUCAUUGCGUCCACCACAGCCGAGUCCUGCCUGCAGGCCACACGGGCCCUGCUCCUACUCCUGGCCCGCCACGGGUUCAAGGUCAGUCAACCUAAGUUGCAAAUCGCGCGGAAACAAGUUUCUUUCCUCGGCAGACUACUGUCACAAAAGGGGGCCUCAUUGUCCCCCGCCCACCGCACAUCCAUUCUGCACCACACCAAGCCUGACACUGUCAAAGCUAUGCUGUCGUUUCUCGGUCUGGUGGGUUACAGCAGGCAGUACAUACCUGAUUUUUCCACUCUCACAUCUCCGCUGAGAGCCAUGGUCACCUCUGCAGGUAUGAGAAAUCUGAAUGCGAAGCUGACAUGGUCCCGCAACUCGGAAGAAGCUUUUAUCAAACUCAAACAAGAACUCGCUGCGUCCGCCGAAUUGGCCCUCCCCGACUACGCGCGCCCGUUCUUUUUGGAUGUUUCUGAAACAGAAUCUGUUGCUAACGGUAUUCUGUUCCAGAAAAAAGGGGGAGAGAGAACGGUACUGAUGUAUCUCAGUGUCAUCCUUGACCCCACAGAAAAACGUCAACCAACGUGCACAAGACAUGCUGCAGGUGUUGCCAAACUCAUCAACAAAAGCGCACACAUAGUUAUGGGACACACACUUCACAUCUUGACAUCACACAGCGUUGUAGCUUAUGUGAACUCGCAAACUUUUACGAUGUCCUCCACAAGACAGCAAAAACUCGCUCGCAUUCUCGAAGCCCCAAACUUGCUAUUCACUCAUGAAGGUGUUAACAUGGCUGAGCGUUUGGGGGAAGGUGUGUUGCAUGAGUGUGCCCACAGGGUUGAAAAAGAAGAAAAAGCCAGAGAAGACCUCCAGUCGGAGCCCAUCCCAGGGGCCAGAAACCUAUACACAGACGGAUGCUGCUACAGAGAUGAGAAGGAGGGACUCAGAGCAGGAUUCUCGGUGAUAGAAGAAACACCAGACGGACUCAAGACGGUAACAGCACAAAAGCUCAAUGGACCACAGUCAGCCCAGAGAGCAGAAGUCGUGGCAGUGAUUGAAGCCCUGAAAGCAGGUAAAGACCAAGACAUUAACAUUUACACUGACUCAGCCUAUGCAGUACACGCAGCACAAGUAGACCUAGGACAAUGGAUGAGAGCGGGCUACCUAACUGCAAAACAAGAACCCAUUAAACACAUGGAUGAAAUGAAAGAGCUUGCAAAAGCACUGUGGUUUCCCCAGAAGGUAGCCAUCAUCAAAUGCAAAGGACACGACAACAGCGGAUCCAGAGUUGCCAUGGGCAACCAAGCAGCGGACUCCGCAGCCAAAGCAGCCGCAGGAUAUCAUGAGAAGCUCCUGUUGGUAAGACCAGACACAGAGACACAAAUGACAAAACUGUCCCUUACAGAAAUCUCAAAAGAACAGGACCUAGCCUCACCUGAAGAGAAGACAGUGUGGAAACUCAGAGGCGCAGUCCUAUCGGAAGGGACCUGGAGAUCCCCAGAUGGAAGGUUGGUUCUGCCACCUGGGCUCAAAGACAGUAUCUUCUCAGAAGCACAUGGAGUUGGCCAUGCAGGCAUCUCCCAGAUGAAAGUGGACCUCAAAGAAUGGUGGCACCCCUUCCUACAUGACAUGCUAAAGGAGUGGGUAAGACACUGCACUGUUUGUACACACCACAACACCAGACCUACAUACAAACCCGGGGUGGGUAAGUUCCAACUAAAAACACGUCCAGGGAAAGAAAUCAUCAUUGAUUUUACAGAUAUGGUUAACUCAGUCCGAGGGUACAGGUAUGUUUUGAUGUGUGUUGAUGCAUUUACAGGAUGGCCAGAAGCAUGGCCAGUGAAAAGAGAGGACAGCAAAUCAGUAGUUAAGUGUCUCAUCAACCAUUACAUCCCACAGCAUGGCUUCCCAGAAAAGAUCAGGUCGGACAAUGGGUCACACUUCAAGAACCAGGACCUCCAGUACGUGGAGGCCAUGUUGGGACUUAAACAUGGUUUUGGGUCCGUGUACCAUCCUCAAUCUCAGGGUAAGGUUGAGAGGAUGAACCAGACAGUCAAGAACAGGCUGUCAAAGAUUUGUGCCCACACAGGGCUGAACUGGGUGGAUGCUCUACCGCUCGCCCUCAUGUCCAUCCGAUCCUCAGUAAACAGGACAACUGGACACACCCCAUUCGAGCUCGAACGUGGUCGACCUUUUCCAGGGCCAGAGCGAGCCCUGCAAAACACUGACCCUCCUCCCUCUCACAUGCACCAGAAAGAUUAUUAUGUACAACUGCAAUCUGUUCUCUCUGAAUUUGCUAAGCAGGUGCGAGACAGCAAAGACGGCACCAAAGACGGUGACCUACCCAUCACUGACUGGGUCCUCCUUCGGGUCAUCAAGAGAAAGUGGAGCGAGCCUAGGUGGACAGGACCAUUUCAGGUGACCGAGAGAACCUCCCACGCAGUCCGGCUGGACGGGAAAGGUGACACCUGGUUCCACCUCACUCAGUGCGCCCCAGCUGUAACACCUCAACGCUCCCUGAAGGAAGUGCGGCAGGAUCUUGCAGCAGCUGCAGCAGGAAACCAAACCAAAGAGCCACACACCUCCAGAAAAGACACAGGGCAGAAUAAUCCCUGCAACGAAAAAGGCACAGGGUAGUCUACCCCUGACCGCCUGAAGAAAGGAGACAACAUCCUGCAGGACGUCGGCUGACAACUGCUCUAGUAGACAACGAAGCUACGCUGCAAAGACACAGGGCAGAAUAAUCCCUGCAACGUAAAGGGCACAGGGUAGUCUACCCCUGA